AUGUCGCGCUCGCCCCCACCUCCACCUCGACACGAGCCCGAACGAGACCGCUUCAGCCGGUCUAACUUUGCUCCUUUGCCCAACAGACACGAUCCCGAACUUCUCGCUGUUGGGUCUGCACCUACUGGCGGUGGAGCGAUGGGAGGGGGAGAUAGGUAUAUCCCCGCACCGAGAGAGCGGGAAAGAGAGCCGCUUCCGCCAAGAGAUAGGGAGAGAGACAGGGAGAGGGAGCGGGAACCGCUGCCGAUGCCACCGAGAGAGAGGGAGCCGCUGCCUAUGCGAGAGAGAGAUUACCAGGGUGGGCCAGGAGGCGGAGGGAGAGAAUGGGACUCGAGAGAGUAUGAGAGGGAAAGGGAGAUGAGGGGGGAAGGCCGGGGAAGGAGGCCACCUCCGCAUUGGGAAGAGGACUUUGACCGCCCCAAGCGCCGCCGCUCUCCAUCUCCCUCGUACGCCUCGCACCGUCCGCGCCGAUUCUCGCCCGAGCCGCAGGGUAUGGCCCUCCCUGACCCCGCGUCUCUCCCGCAUCAACUCGGCUUCAAGCAGUUCGCCGACUGGUUCCGGGUCACUCACCCCUCGACCGCCAAAGCGGACGAAGAGGAGUUUAGGCGGUACAAGGCGGGUAUAGACGAUGGUCUGGGAGACGUCGGGAAAGAGCGAGUGGGUAUGGGGAAGAGGUACGAGCGGUACCGUAAAGAGUAUACUAGUCGGCAGCUGUACUCCCUCUACCUGAUGCACCGGACCUCGCCUUGGUUCACCGAGCGAUACUCGCAUCUCCCCGAGGAUGAGGCCGAGCGUAAGCGGGUGCAGCGCCAAGGCCGGGUACCCACUGUGCAGGCGUACCUCGGGGAUCUCAAAGCUGGGAAAUUUGACUCGGUGUCUUUCGAUCAGACCGAUGACGAUGUCAAGCAGUCCUCCGGUACUCGCCGCUACUCGGAGCUGGAAGAACCUGAAGGUCUUGAUCGUGUCCUGGGCGCGACGGGAGCGGACGAGUCUGGAAAGUUGGAAGUCCCGCCCAAGCCGAAUCAGGUGUUUGUAAAGUCUGUUCCGCCGACCAUCAGCAGGAAGGAUCUCGAGCAGCUCUUCGCCUCGUGUGAUGGAUUCCAGUACCUCGCGCUGACUGAGCCGAGCGUCAAGAAGGCCUUCCACCGCGUCGCGUGGGCGCAGUACGCCGACGGAGUGGAUGUAGCCAAGGUGGUCAAGAAGUUGGACGAGUCCAAGAUCGACAACUUUACAUUCCACAUGGGCGUCAAUACCGCUGCGACUGUCGGUCGUGUUCGGACCGCUCCUGCUGUAGCCAGCACCCUCGACCGGCUCGUCAAGGAUGGCGAAGCGGCCAAGGCGCUCGCUAUCAAGUUGGAGGAGAAUCUGGUCCAGCCAGCAGAGGAAGUCAAGGGGGAGACGGAGGGGAAGGAGGGGGAUAUCAAGAUGGAGGGAGGGGAUGGGGACAAGAAGGGAGAGGGGAUGAAGGAGAGGGGAUCGGAGGUUGUUGAGGAGACUAUUCGGAGGGUGCUGGGCAAGGAGGGGUUGGCGGGUGAGGAGGAGGGACGGAGUGAGGAAGGAAAGAUCAAGAGGGCCAAGCUCAUUCUGGACCACUGGAUCUCGUACCUCCGAAACGGCCUUUCUACAUGCUACUACUGCGUCGCCCCCAUGUGCUUCGCCGAGGAGCUGCAGCGUAAAUGCGUAGGCCACGUCCGGCUCCCCAUCCCGCCCAAAGACGAUCUCGACACCUUACCGGAAGAUACCAAGAUGGGCGAGGGGAAUGGCGAAGAUGGGAAUGGGGAUCUGCGGGCCGAGUUGGAGAAGGCGGGCGAGGAGGUGGAUAUGGAGGAUAGGGACCGGCGGGAUGCCGGCGCUGGGACCGGCGCUGGGGUGGGUUCAGGUGCGGCCGGUGUGGAUGUCUCGGGGAGGAGGGAGGGGGAGAGUAAGAGCAAUAGGGAGCGAGGAAGGGGAAGGGGACAGAGUCAGGAGGAGCGGUGGGAGGAGUAUCUGGAUUACAAGUUGGGGCCGAUGGUAGGUGAAGUGGAUGUGGUGGAGUAUGGAGGGAAGGAUAUGGAAGAAGAGACCAAACGCCUCACCGCGCCGAUGAUCAAGCAAGAGGAGACGCACAAGUACCGCUGUAAAGAGUGCAACAAGCUCUUCAAGGCGCCCGAGUUUGUCAUGAAGCAUAUCGUUGUCAAGCAUGGGGAGACGGUGCAGGCGAGGUUGGAUGAGUACACCACCUUCAACAACUUUGUCCUCGACCCUCAACACCUUCAGCCCACCCUCCAAGUCCCUGCCGCUAUCGACGACGCACUCCCGCCCAUGGCCGGCUCCGCCCCUCUUCUCGGCGCGACCGCCUUCAACCCCGCCGCGAUCGCCGCUGGCGGCAAUCUCAGCCAACAGCAACAGCAGCAGCAAAUGAUGAUGAUGAUGAUGCAGAUGCAGCAGGCGAUGAUGGCGCAGAUGGCGGGCAGUGGAGCCGCGGCUGGGGCCAUGGGGAUGGGUAACCCGGGGAGGGAGCUCGCAGGCCGGAUGGGAGGGUUCGCGGGUGGUGCGGCACCGGGAGGAGGAGGUUCGGGUGGGAGGGGCCCGGGACCGGUGGCGAGGGAGCCACUUCCUCCGCCGCCACCUGGGGCUGAGGAUCCGAGGGCGAAGAGAGGGAGGGUGAGCUAUAUGGAUCUGGAUGAGGCGGGGGGCGGGGGAGAUGGGGGAUUGCCAUACUAG